AACGUCAAAGACGUCAGAAGUCAGAUCAAAUCAAAAUCAAGUUGAAACUAUCAGCUGAGUGUUAUUACGUGCAGGCGCAAAUAAAUUAAAUAUUAAGAAUAUGUUUCGUAAUCCGAUAAAAACUUGUUUGAUCAGCCGAAGCCAAGAAAGGUGCAAGCACACGGCGAAGUUGGAUGCGAUAAGAGAGAAGCUCCGUGAGGGGCCUGGGCUAUCUAAUUUUAUAGCGGAAGACAGACCCAAGGAUUGGGAAGAGUAUGAAGGGAAACUGAAACGGGAGAAGGGCGAACAAGAGCGAUUGAGGCUUCCACCAUGGUUGAAGACUUCUAUACCGACAGGCUCAAAAUUCAAUGAGGUGAAGGAACAAUUACGUAGUCUGAAGCUCAGUACUGUGUGCGAGGAGGCUCGCUGUCCGAACAUCAGGGAAUGUUGGAGCGGUGGCAAGCAGGGCAUGUCUACGGCUACAAUUAUGCUUAUGGGCGACACUUGCACGCGGGGCUGCAUGUUCUGCUCAGUGAAGACUUCCCGCGCCCCGCCGCCGCUCGACCCACUUGAGCCACGGAACACGGCUACUGCUGUGGCACAGUGGGGCCUUGGGUACAUCGUGCUGACCUCUGUCGAUAGAGACGAUUUGCCGGACGGAGGAUCAGCUCACUUUGCAGAAACAGUUAGGGAAAUAAAAAGACAGAACAAGGAGAUUCUAGUGGAAUGCCUGGUGCCCGAUUUCCGAGGGAACCGCGAGUGCAUAGACAUCAUCGCCAACUGCGGCCUGGACGUGUUCGCGCACAACAUCGAGACCGUCGAGCGACUCACGCCCUUCGUCCGGGACCGCAGGGCGGGGUACCGACAAACGCUGAAAGUCCUAGAAACGGCCAAGGAGUCGAACCCGGAUCUCGUCACUAAGACGUCCAUCAUGCUGGGUUUAGGCGAGACAGACGAACAAGUGGAACAGACCAUGAAAGACUUACGUUCCGUAGGCGUCGACUGUCUCACCCUCGGCCAAUACAUGCAGCCCACCAAGCGCCAUCUCAAAGUGUUCGAAUACGUCACCCCGGCCAAGUUCCAGCACUGGGAACGCAAAGGCAACGAACUUGGCUUCUUGUAUACCGCUAGUGGCCCUUUAGUUAGGUCUUCAUAUAGAGCUGGGGAGUUCUUUAUUACUAGCCUUUUGAAAGACAGGAAGGCUAAAAGCUUGUGACCUGAUGACCGAAACUAAAUUGUAGAUAAAUUGGUUUUAUAUGUGAUUAUACGUAGAAUCAUAUAAUGUAGAUAAUCGGUUUUUAAACUUUUUUGUUCAAUUAACCAGAAAUAUUAGCAAAAAUACAGGUUCUGAUAAUAGUAACAAUAGUGUAGAUUGCAGCCUGUCAAACGCAGCGUCAUAAUGUUGGAAUAAUUUCCCCCCGUCAAGUUACCACUUGUGACCUGAUAACGAAAAGUGAAUGUAGAUUGUAGAUACGAUGAUUUCAUACGAUAUAUAGAACAUAUAUCUCCAUAUGUAACUAUGUCGGUGGCCGAUCAUUUCGCUGUAUAGUAAAAUUCCUAGGCAUAUCGUGUUUGAAAAUCUAUCUCGUUCCCUAAGCCGACAGGGCCCCGCUACGCAGCGCCGGCAGCACUCGCGCACCCUGCCGGCCCGGCACGACUUGCGUCAGCGCGACAGCGGUGAGCGGCAAAGAGGCGCGUUCCUAGCACACAGUCUAAGCACAGUCGUGUAGGUGAACGCGUACCAUGCUUGUAUGAGUGAAAUAUAUGAAGGUCGACUGUUCGCGUUUUUGACAGGCGGUAACUGUGAGGUAACCGAGAGGGGGACGGCGGCACUUUCGUACGCUAGUACUCUUUAUUAUACUGUGACUGAAUGCUCAAUGAGCUAAUAACUGCGACACGUUCGCCGUCGGCUUGUCCGCUCUCUCUAUUAGUCUACUACUUGUACUACCGUCAAAAAAUUACAAAGGAAUUUUACAUCGGCCACCGUCGUUAAUAAUUAUACCUAGAUAUUUUUCUAGCACGAACGAAGUGACACUAGUGACUUCCGAUAUUUAGUUCAUCGAUAACUUACAUUAUAAUAUAUGAUUGAUUAUUAUAAUUAUGUCAUUAAUUAUUGCCGUG